CACUGUUGUUUGCUUUGUUGUGUGACUUAUCCACUCUCCUAUGUAUGGUUUGUCGAGAACGCCAGAAUAGCAUCCUUCCACUGCGCUUAAUCUAAGUUCUCCCGAGAUCUUGCGAGCGGGAUCAAGACUCGACCAUUCGCAGCUGGAGGGCAGUUGAUUGACCCCCCCCGCUGCACUUGGCCUGCGGGCGCAUGAAACACUGCAACAAUCCGACAAACCGGCCCUUGCCCUGUUCGCCCUGCCUCCUGCGUCAUUAAUAGCCAGGCACCACCUCCCCCGUGCUUUCCGAGCGCCCAUUGAAAGAUCAAUCCAGAGCGGGGAUACUUCUUUUCAUUCUCAGCUUCAUUUUUGUAUUUCUUUAAUUACAUAGAUUUUCCACCAUGAAGGGUUUCUUUGCUGCACUGGCUUCGGCAGCAUCUUUAACGUCGUGCAGUUAGUCCACCCUCUGAAAGUUUAGCCGCAGAUACUGACUAAACCCCUGACGUAGGUUUCUACGUGGACGCUUCAGUCAUCCUCCCUCGAGAUGCCUCUCCUAAAGUGCUGGCAGCGGAAGCGUUGGCCGCUCCUAUGAUUUUGGCGGAUCGCGCAUUACCAAAUUCACCAUCUGGGGGUUAUGCGCCAGCAGCAGUCGAUUGCCCUUCCACGCGACCCACGAUUCGAGCCGCAGGAAGUCUUUCACCAAGCGAGGCGGCAUGGCUACAGACGAGAAGGCCGGCAACCGUUGACCCCAUGAUAUCAUGGUUGACAAGAAUGAACAUUUCUGGAUUCGAUGCUGCGGCAUACAUCAAUAGAGUCAAGGGAAAUACGUCGCAACUCCCUAAUAUUGGAAUUGCGGCUUCCGGUGGAGGCUACAGAGCCAUGUUGAACGGGGCUGGGUUUUUGGCCGCUGCAGACGACCGAACGCGAAACUCAACGAACAGUGGUCAAAUUGGCGGUCUAUUACAAGCAACGACCUAUUUAGCUGGGCUUAGUGGAGGGAGCUGGCUCGUUGGAAGCAUGUUUACAAACAACUUCAGUUCCGUUGAGACUCUUCGUGAUGGCAGCAGGGGAUCGUCCAUCUGGAAACUUGGUAACUCAAUUUUCGAAGGGCCAGAUACCCAGGGUAUCCAAGUUUUGUCGACUGCAGACUAUUUCCGAACAAUCUCGGAUGAGGUCAGCACCAAGGCCAAUGCCGGAUUAGGGUUCAAUACCUCUAUUACGGAUUACUGGGGACGUGCUCUCUCCUUCCAGCUGGUCAAUGCCAGCAAUGGAGGUCCAGCCUACACUUUCAGUUCCAUCGCUGAAACGGAUAAUUUCAAAAAUGGCCAAACCCCGUUUCCACUCGUUGUGGCAGACGAACGAUCGCCAAAUACCAUGAUCAUUUCUCUGAACUCAACCGUGUAUGAAUUUAAUCCUUUUGAAUUUGGUUCUUGGGAUCCAACUACUUACGGGUUUGUUCCAACUCAAUAUCUUGGAUCCAACUUUUCCGGCGGGUCUGUGGUGCAAGGCCAGCAAUGCAUUCGUGGCUUUGAUCAAGCCGGUUAUGUGAUGGGCACAUCGUCCUCACUGUUCAACUCUUUUUUGCUUAAUAUUAACAGCACCGCUAUCCCAUCAUUUUUGCGUAGUAUCUUCACAGAUGUUCUCAGCGAGUUUGGAGAAGAUAACAAUGAUAUCGCGCAAUACCAACCCAAUCCGUUCUUUGGGUACAACAAUGCCACCAAUCGUAAUGCCCAGAAUAAAGAAUUAACUAUGGUUGACGGAGGAUUGGAUCUUCAAAACAUUCCUUUGUAUCCUCUUAUCCAACCUGAGCGAGGAGUCGAUGUUGUUUUUGCCAUUGACUCUUCGGCUGAUAAUGAGGACGUUGAUACUCGUAAGUUACACAUCCCUUUAUCCCUUGUUUGUCAGCAUCUAGCGAUCUCUGUACUCCCUUCACGUUCAUCCGUGUCACAUAUCUGACACAUUCUAGAUACUUGGCCAAAUGGAGCCUCAUUGGUAGCUACCUAUCGUCGUUCAUUGAAUGCUACCAUUCAGAACGGGACCGCUUUCCCCUCAAUACCUGACAUCAAAACUUUUGUCAACAAGGGAUUUAACCAACGACCAACAUUCUUUGGAUGUGACGCCAACAACAAGACCGACGGGCAGAACGGUAUUGCUCGUAAGUGAAAUAUCAGAGCUUCUUCAAUAUCUUCUCAAAGUUCUCGGACUUUCUAACAGUAAAUAGCCCUCAUUGUAUACAUACCAAACACACCAUAUAUCUUCAACUCCAACGUAACCACAUUCACACCCUCCUACACUGAUGCCGUCCGCAACGCCAUUAUCGAGAAUGGUUACGACAUGGCAACGAUGGGUAAUGGUACCCUCGACAGAGAAUGGCCAACCUGCAUGGCUUGCGCAACCCUCAGUCGAUCAUUCUUCAAAACUAACACGCAAGUACCAGAAGUUUGCAACACAUGCUUCCAGAGAUAUUGCUGGGAUGGAUCCUUGGACACCAAGACCCCACCGCCUUACUACCCAACCUUCAAGUUGGCGGAGAUCAAGAUUAGGAGUGCUGCUAGUCCGCAGAUGAGUGCGAAGAUUAGUGAUUUGGUUGUGGCUUUUAUUGUCACCGCUUUUAUACUUGCUUAAAAAUUUUUAAAUAUUCCGAUAUUUGGAGUCGAAGAUAUAAUGUACAUAGUCUGCCUGGCGUGGAGCAGACCGGUGUUAGGGUUGGAUGUGUUAUGUUCUGUAUCUGUUGGUUUUUCUUGAUAGAUUCUUGUAUCAGUAUUGAUUUGGGGUUGGAGAUUGUUGGCAUUGGCUUAUAGCGUGGAGUUUAUUGGAUAAUGAUGAAUAUAUCCUUUCUUUUCUGACUAUCAUUGAUAUCUCCCACCUUUCGAAUGUUA